UCCCUAAAUUAGAGCUUGCGUUUAGAUUUUGACUUCCCUAUUUUAUUUCAUUUGCUUUCUCUUUUGUGUUUUACAUAGUAGAAAUCCUCGUUACUCUAUUUCCCUCUGUGUUGCAAGUGGAUACGAUUUUCAAUUUUUCAUUCAUCCAAAUUUUAUGUCUAAGACUUGUUUGUCCUUUUUUCUUUCAAAGGGAAUACAGGUAUUCUUCAAAGGAGUUGUUCUGUUUAAUGGCUUCACCUUUCUCUUCUUGGAUUUCAAUGGAGGAGGGAUUUUAUUCUAAGAAACCAUACACAUACACUAACUCUGAGCAUAUAGACCUUACUCUCAAGCUUUCUCCCUGCGGUCAAAAUGCAGAAGAAGAAGAAGAAGAAGAAGAAGAAGAAGAAGAAAAGAUGGUUGAGAAGGGUCUGGUGAGGUUUGGGGACUUGCAGACAAUGAGAAGAGUGAAGACUUGGAAGAGAUUAUUGAUGAAGAAGAUGCGAAUGGCUGCGGCGAAGGAGGCAGAGAAGUCUCUUCCGGUGUCUCCGGGCGGUGGUGCUCAGACUCUACCUCACUCAAUUUAUAACAGUCUCAAGACAUUUGCAAAUCCUUGUGGGGAUGCAUGGCAUGAGGGAGCAAUGCAGGAAAUGACACUGUGGCCCUCUGAGACUAUGAUUGAGAAUGAGAGGCCAGCCAAAAAGCUUAAGCAUGUGAAUUCCUAUCAAGAAAGUGAUGCAAUGCCUAGUGUGAUUACUACUGGAGAUGGCACCAUUACUGGGAAGAGAACAGUUUGUAUUGUAUGUGUCUGCCAUGGCAGCUUCCCCUCCCCAACAGAAUUCGUGAUGCAUGCUGGUGGUAAGGAAGUGGCAGAUCCCAUGAAACACAUCACUGUUUGUUCUGAUUCAUUUGGUAUCAAUGGAGAUGGGGCUGCUUUUAUCACACACCCCUUUUAGAAUGUGCAGAAGCAGCUAACACCCCUUUUAGAUUGUGUAGAAGCAGCUAAGCAUCCCUAUAGUUUUGCAAAAUUAGUACCUUAUCCAUGGUUCUAAUGACAGUGUAAAGGGAAGUUUUCAUCAAAGACAAAUAUGAUUUUAA